AUGAAUGCCUUAAACGAGUUCGAAGCAUGUCGUGCCGAGCGAGAAGCACAAAUCGCUUGUAUUCAUCGAUUGCGGGAGUGUGCAGCGCAGAGUUUGAGACGCGUGGUCGAAGUCAGCGAUCGACAGGUCAUCCGCUCCCUGUAUCGCGAGGAAGUCGACGCCUUGCAGCAUCAUUGUGGCUGUCACUGCAGUGACUGGACACAAACGCGCCUCGUGUUGUCAAAGGAUGAACGCAGCGUCGAUCAAUCGGUACGGCUUCGUCGAGAAGUAUCCAAAACCGCGUUUGAUGGAAUGGUGGUUCUGAUCCUCGAUAGACCUUCGUUGCGACCUACUACCAGUGACUACGCUAAGCUUCCUUUGGGUAUUCAUAACAAUGCUCUUGUCUCUAACUCCAUCUUAUCACUCGGAGCUCGAGUAUACGGCAAUGGACUGGUUUGUGAUACCUUUGUGGGGUCUGGAGCCAUACUUUUGCGAUGCGGAUCGAUUUCUUGCAAAACGAGCAGAAAUUAUCAAGACUUGACAGUGACUGUCGGACCGGAGAGUGGUGGGGGAAGGAAGAUACGGCUGCUAUGCGAAGCCACAAUGAUAGAAGUUGGGCAUCAAUUGAAGCAUCCCAGCGCUGACCUACGCGACACUGUCAGCGACUCGCCAGAUAAGAUCGGCUUUCGAUUUAACGUUGUGUCUUCGGAAUGCAUUGUUCGAGAAACGCCGACUAUCGAUGGUAUAUAUCUGUAUCCUGCAGCCCGGCUGGAUGCAGCUACAAAUGUCAGUAAUGCAGUUUUGUUUAGUGGAGCAUCCAUUUGCAACGCUUCCGCCGUGAGCGAUUGCAUUCUACAGUGGGACUGCACGGUCACAGAUCAUUCGAUUGUUACCUCCACCUUCUUGAUGGAACAGGUGGUUGCUGGGCCAAAAGCUAUAGUUGCGAGUAGCGUUAUGGGCCCAGAUGUGCAUGUAUCUGCUGGGGAAGUUCACGCCUCUGUUCUAGGCCCCAACACGAACGCACAUCAUCAGUCUUUGUUAAUUUCCGUGCUAUGGCCACUGGGACGGGGCAACGUAGGCUAUGGUGCAAACGUUGGCUCGAAUCAUACGGGCCGUAUCCCUGAUCAAGAAACGGUUGCCGGUGAAGGAGUAUUCUGGGGCCUUUCGACUGUUAUCACAUUCCCUGUUGAUUUGUCGUUUGCUCCCUACUCGAUAAUUGCCGCUGGUACCACGCUUGGUCCUCAGCGAGUAUGCAUGCCUUUCUCCUUGAUCGCCUCCAAUCCGUAUGGUGGACCAAACAAUAUAAUUCCAGGAUGGGUAUUGAAAAGCUCACCUUAUGCUAUUAUGAGAUCCGAAAAAAAGUUUUCCAUCCGACGGAAAGCCAAACGACAUAGUUAUUACACUGGUUGGAAAAUCAUUCGACCAGAACUUAUCGACUUAUGCCUUUCGGCUCGAUCUAUGCUGCGAUAUGGUCUCGAUGCGCAGAGCUCGAACCAGUCAGAGAAGUCUAUUUCAGGAAUAGGUGAUAGCAAAUUGAAUGAGAAAAGUCGACUCUCUGGGAUUAAAGCCUACACCGAAUGUAUUCACCGAUUCAUAUUAUCUGGACUUGUGUCAUUUCUUUUCGAUGCAACCUCAGAUGGUGCACCUGUUGUGGAAACCGUUGUGAGUAUGGCUGGUGAAGUCAUGGCAGGUUCGCGAAAAAGUUCACUGGAUAAGAGUAUUGGAGAUGUCCCAAGAUGGGGAGAAUUUCCCUGGGAAACGGACGUAUCUUCCCUUUGGAAAUAUCAACGGGCAUUGCUACUCAACGAAUUUCCAUUCAGCACGACUGUCCCCGAAUCUUGGAUCCGAGACCGUGUCGAAGCAUUCCUGCUACUUGAGCAACAGCACGCCACCGCAGUAUUUCAGUGCAAGAAUCGAGAUGAUGUGCGUGGUCUGCAGAUAAUUCCGGGCUAUGAAACAUCACAUGAUGCAGCCGAGAAGGAUUCUAUUGUGGCUGACGUUCGAGAGGACUUGGUGCUAACGGAAGCGAACGUGGCAUCUCUUUUGGAAAGACUGGACGAACAGCAGCGUAGUAAACUAUAAAGCAACAUAAUCAACAGCAUAAUC